GCUUGUCUCUGCCACUGUGACACUAUGUCUCAUACGAGGGUAGGCACCGGCCAAUCAACCAGGGCAACUGGUUUCGCUUGGAUCUAGGGUCUCUACCUCCGCUGACUGUAAUCCCGAACGUCCUUUGCAGCCUCUGUUGUCCUUCAGACAAGAACCAAGCAUGGACCGAGGCAGAACAGAAGGAAUUCACCAUGUGAUUAUGUAAUCUGGUCUUAUCGCCCCCCCAAAAGUGGCCGAUAAGCGAUAGGGAGGGGAUCUCACAAGAGAAAAUAUCUCUUUCCCAGGGGCAGUCUGUUCACAGUGUCCAAGAAGACUUUUCUAGCGAGCAUUGAGUUUGCAUGAGAAGUUCCUUUGGUUCUUUGCACUCACUGGGUCUGGCCUCUUUACUUCGUGACUCUCUUUGGACCGGGUCAUUUCCCGAUUGCCGCACUUUUUGGGUCAACCACAGACCGUUGAUUGUUGGUGCCUGUCUCCCGUGGAGUAAACCUCUUCCUCCAAGUGCCUACCAAUUCUGUGCUCAGCGAUCUUCUUUCUCUUCGUUUGUUUCUGCUCAAUCCUUCAAUUACUCGCGAGACUUGAGACUCACGUCAAGAACCCUCAACCCGUGCGUCAAUUGUCCAUCUCGUCACUUUCAACAGAAUAUCCGACCCAGCAGCUCAGCCGCCAUGUCUGACGACGAAGCCGAUCCCGAGUUGGUUGCUCUCCUGCGCAAGACCUUAGGACUGGGAGGGUCCCCCGACCCGCGCACGGCUGAGACAAAGGUCCUGCAGAACGCACAGUACAUCUUCGACAAUGCCAUCGACGUGGCUUUGAACUCCGCCAAGACGAAAGAGGCCGCCGAGACCAUCUGGCAGAUGAUGCAGAAGAAAGAGUACUCCACGCAGACCUGGGCCGAACACGAGCUACAUCCCAAAGCGAAGGACGAGCGCACUGUCGACUUCAUCUUCACCAUGGACCUUCUCAAUUUCAGUUUCUGGUCGGAACUUCCGAGCGACAAGCGCUUCGCGAUUGAGUAUCGGGACAAGAAGUGGACAGGAUAUUGGAGCUUGGUGGCGGCGCUACAACGGGCUUUGGACGAAGAUAUUCCAAUCACAACCCCGGAGUUCUGGGCCAACGAGGAGGAAUGCACCGAGGAGGUCAUCAAGCAUGUGUUCCGGUCUGCCACCGAGGAAGAGAUCCCGUUGCUCGAGGAACGGCUGCAGUGCUUGCGAGAGGCCGGCCGAGUGCUGUGCAGGGAAUACGAAGGCAGCUUCUUGAACUGCAUCUACAGUGCCAACUACUCGGCUGCAGCCCUUGUCAACCUUGUGACGGAGAGUUUCGCCUGCUUCCGGGAUGAGACCACCUUCAACGGGCGGAGAGUGCGCAUCUACAAAAGGGCCCAAAUCCUGGUCGCGGACCUGUGGGCCUGUUUCAACGGCGAGGGUUUUGGUGAAUUCCACGACAUCGACACCAUCACCAUGUUCGCAGACUACCGGAUUCCUCAAAUGCUGCACCAGCUCGGUUGUCUGAUGUACUCUCCCCCACUGGAAAGUCACAUUCGCGAUUUGAAGCUCAUUCCCAGCGGCUCGAACUGGGAGACUGAGCUGCGCGGCGCUAGUAUCUGGUGCGUUGAGUUGAUCAAACGCGAGAUUGAGCGCCGCCACCCCGAAGUCAAGACAAAACCCAUUCGACAAACCGAGCCAGACCAGGCACCGGCGUCAAAGACUAGCACGCAGCCCUUACCUAAGGAACCCCAAAACCAAAGCUAUUUCAGCGACACGGUUCCGAACCAUGACGAUGUGAAAGAGAGGUCGGCACGGGGCAUCAACGCCAUCCUGAUCGAUUUUUUCCUCUACGACACGAUGAAGGAGCUGGAGAAGGAGGGGCAGGAAUCCAUCCCGCACCAUCGCACCCGCAGCAUCUGGUACUGAACAAGAAGAAUAGAGCGAGUGACGUUGGCCUGUUUUGCGUUCUGUUGAUACAAUACCCUAUACCCUUUGUUCAGUCCGGUUUGCUGCUGGAGUUUGUUGCUUAGACGUCAUUUCCCAUCGUCUAUUGCUGUUGCUGGAUUGGGGAACAAUACAUCCUGCAUUGAUAGAUAUCGUGGCAUUGCGAUGGGGCUUAUCCAUAGGUGUUAUUUUAUAGGUGUUUCAUAGAAUAGCUGUUGCAAGAG